ACUCACGAGUACCUAAGCCUCCUAAACCACCGGAGAAGCCACUUAUGCCGUACAUGCGGUACUCGCGUCGUGUAUGGGAUCACGUAAAGGCACAAAAUCCUGAAUUGAAAUUAUGGGAGUUAGGAAAGCUGAUUGGCCAAAUGUGGCGCGAUCUGCCAGAUGAGAACAAACAGAUAUACAUCGACGACUACGAAGUCGAAAGGGCGGAGUACAGCGAACAAUUAAAGAACUAUCACAGCUCGCCCGCCUAUCAAAGCUACGUUGCGGCAAAAGUACGAGCGCAGCAGGCGGCUGAUGAGCGUGAACAGAAUGAAAAAUUAGGGGGACGUGGAGCAUACUCAUCAAAGGAUGCAAAUAAAGUCUCGAUCCAACCGGCCGAAGACGAUGAUGACGCGGAAGAGCUUUCUGUGAAGCAUCUGGCUGCCUCGCGUUACAUGCGUAACCACCGUCUUAUUCACGAAAUUUUCUCGGACGCCGUUGUGCCAGAUGUCAGGUCGGUGGUUACAAGUCAGCGAAUGGCAGUACUUAAGCGACAGGUACAGUCACUUACGAUGCAUCAGGAGAAGCUUGAAACAGAACUGCAACAAAUUGAAGCGAAAUUUGAAGCCAAAAAGCUUAAAUUCAUGGAAGCUAGCGAAGCAUUCAACUGUGAACUUACGAAGCGAACAGUUAAAGCAGUUGACCCUGACGCGUACGAAAAAAUGGUGGAGAAAGCCCUAGAAGGCCUCAGAGAGAAACAAAAGGAAGAGGAGAAACGGGCAGAGGAAGCCGCACGACUGGCUGAGAUUGAACGUGAAAAAGAACGGGAAGCUCGCGAGAAGGCCGAAAAAGAGCAUCAACAGCGUGAAAAGGAAGCAGCAGCUGCAGCCCAGGCAGCACAGGCUCAGGCUGCGGCCCAGGCGGCGGCAGCAGCUGCACAGGCAGCUGUUGUAGUACAGUCAGCUACGGCUACCCCUGCUUCUGCCUCCUCUGUUGCUGUCGCGCCGACUACAGGGGAAAAUGCCGCACCGCCCGCCCUCGAGUCGGCGGAAACAGCGUCGGCGGUAGCUGUUGCUACCUCUCCAACAGCCUCUUCGACACCUAUCAUUGGCGAAGCAACGACAACCUCAGCAACAACAACAACAACCGAAGAUUCCACGUCAUCGUCAUCCCUCAUUACGACUGCUCCAGCCCCUGUCACAAAAUCGAAUGUUGAGUCCCCGGCAGUUGCCACCACAGCAUCUCUACUGGCGGCGGAUACACCCAUGGACGUUGACCAACAACGGGACCAACAACCGGCGUCACAGCAUUCGACCGCCACUUCAGCAGAAACCGUUCUCUCGGUAGAUCCACAACAACUUCCACAGCAGCUGCCGCCACGAGAACAGCAACACCCUGUUUCUCAGCCGACCAGUUCCAAGCCUCCACCUGUAACCGCGACUCCUUCAGUAGUCGCUAAACCCAUAACAGAAGCUGGUGUUGUCCCGGACAAAAAAACCCAACUACCGGUAAAUGCAGUGUCAGUUUCCCAAACAGAAGCUGCUAGCACCGGCCCAGAUCAAACAGCGCUUGGUACAGGUUCGACUCCUGCUCCUAAAACUACGUCACCCUCACCUCUUACGGGGCCACCCGAACAAUCUGGCAAACAAGUCGGAACAUCGACAACUCAGUCAUCACAAAUGGAACAACCUCCUAUCGUUCCUGUUUCAACAAGCUCGACUGCACCAACACCAACCUCGGCUGCUACUUCGUUCACUCCUGCGGGGCCGCCACCUGCGUCUGUUCAAGCCCUACCCGAAGCCAGUGGUUCCGCGGCGCCCCAACAGCAACCUCAGCCUCAACAGCAGCCUCACCCGUCACCUCAGCAUUUCCUUCCAUCGGGCUCACAAGGGCCGCAUUCAGAGCAGGACGGUCCUCCUAAUCAGCAGGUGCCAAGCCAUCCAGGUUUGCAGUACGGUCAACCAUCAUCAACGAGCCAGACUCAAACCCCUCCUACCGGCACGGUUUCCUAUAUUCCCCCACAUUCUCACUAUCCUGGUUACGUUCAGGGGGUUCCCCAAGGCCCGCACCAUGUGCAGCCCGGUCCCCCACAGAUGCAGCAAGGGCCAGGACAGCUGCAGCCAGGGUCACAGCAGAUGCAACAAGGUCCACCUCAAGCACAAGGCCCACCGCAAAUGCAACAAGGGCCGCCACAGAUGACUCAAGGUCCACCUCAGGGUCCACCAGGUCAAUCUCAGGUGCCACAAGGUUCAUCUCAAGUACAGCAAGGACAGCCACAGAUGCAACAAGGACCUCCCCAGAUGCAACAAGGACCUCCCCAGAUGCAACAAGGACCUCCUCAGAUGCAACAAGGACCUCCUCAGUUGCAACAAGGACCUCCCCAGAUGCAGCAAGGACCUCCCCAUAUGCAGCAA